GUGAUUACGGAGAUGCCAAGUGCUCCGGGGUGUGGAUGGAGGGUUGUGAAAACCAGGGUGGGGUGAUGCAGGGUCAGGGUCAUGAUAGGGAGAGUGGGCAGCUGCCUGGACAGGGGGACUAAAAUAAGGGACGCCACCUUCAGAGGUGACACAUUAGCCCGGGCCUUCCCGACGGGUUUGACCAGUUCUGUUCUGAUGGUAUUCCUGUGCCACUGGGCUGGCCCCUCCUCCCCUCCUCCCCUAUAAAGCCUCUUGGGGUUCCCAGGCACCCAGACUCAGCCCACCCCAGCUUUGGGGGCCAGUACACAGCCAUGAUGCUCAACUGGAAGCUCCUUGGGAUCCUGGUGCUUUGCCUGCACGCCACAGGCAUCUCAGGCAGCGAGGACCACCCCUCUCACCCACCCGCAGAGGACCGAGAGGAGGCAGGCUCCCCAACAUUGCCUCAGGGCCCCCCAGUCCCCGGUGACCCUUGGCCAGGGGCACCCCCUCUCUUUGAAGACCCUCCGCCUCCCCUCCCCAGUCGUCCCUGGAGAGACCUGCCUGAAACUGGAGUCUGGCCCCCUGAACCGCCUAGAACGGAUCCUCCUCAACCUCCCCGGCCUGAUGACCCUUGGCCAGCAGGACCCCAGCCCCCAGAAAACCCCUGGCCUCCUGCCCCUGAGGUGGACCACCGACCUCAGGAGGAGCCAGACCUGGACCCACCCCGGGAAGAGUACAGAUAAUGGGGUCCCCCCAGCCGUUCUGCUCCCAGGCAUCUCCAGGCACCCACGCCCUCUCCACCCUGAUUCCCCGUGAAUUCUUCCCGAUUUAGCCCGUCUCCUAAAACCUCUUCCUCAUUCCCUCGGUUUUAUUCUGAACCCAGAAGGUGGUGUUCUCAAUAUUUCCUGUCCCCUCCUGAGAUCCGUACUUAGCCCUCACAUUGCCCGUUUUUUCCUCUGACAGCCUAAGCCUAUCUCCUACCUCACCUCUGGGCCUCGGCCCCACCUACCUCCCUUCCUGUCUUCCUGCCCGCGCGAUCGCUGGGGCAGGGCUGCGGUACUGUGUUCCCUUCUGCCACCUGGUGGCCGGCGGCAGGAAUUAUCAGUAGACAGCUGUUGCUUCCAUGAAACGGAAAAAUAAAAAUCACGUUUUCUUAA